AUGGACGACUUGUUGUCUUGUGAAGGUGUACGCGGUGUGCUGGAGGGUCUGGCCUCACGCUACGCUGACGAGUUCAGUACCCACUACCAAGACGUAUUCGACCACCUCGACAACCUACGCAUGGAGGCCUGGACGCAGCUCAUCAACCGCGUCAAAAACCCCAUACUGACGGAGGAGACGGUGCCCCGCCCCGCCUCCCCCGCCCGCUCCUUGCAGCACGAGCUACACCACCUCCCCCACAACGACGAUGACCAGGGUGAUGGGGCAGGGUCGUCCCCCUCACAGCCGAGACAACAUAGCUCCUCACAUACUUCCUCGCACUCGUCUUCCCCGGAGCACCGCGGCUACGAUGACCAACCCAUCUACGUUCCUGGCAGAUACAACCCGUCCAGUUGUCUGUCGGAUGCUGAGGAGGACCAGAUCUACGGCUACACGGGGGGCUUUAGGGGCGGGGGACUACGACCACCUGUCCUCGCCCAUAACAACCACGGCUUCAUCCACGACAACCAGGGGUGUCUCAAUCCUCGGUCAACCUUGAUCUACGAGCUGCCCCCUGUAGGAGAUGUGAGUCGCGGCGGUAACGGGAAGAAGAAACUUGGUAUUGGAAAGUUCCUAAAAACGCUGAAGAGGGAUCUGAAACGGUCAUCCGGGACAUCAAAAAACAAUAAAAAUAGAUUGACUCACAACUUGAAUAAUGUGCCAAGGAACUACGGCGAGCCUGGAUUGAGCACCACGCCGCUGGUCAUGCUGCCCGGCUACUCCUCCCCCGCCUCCUCCCGCGGUUCCCACUCCACGCACUCCCACUCCAGCAGCCACUCUAACGCCGCCUUCGUGUCCGCCUCAGCCCCCGGCACUCCGGGUUCCUCGGGACCCAUCCGGGACUCAGGACUUCAGGAGGCCAUCGAGAGGCUGAAGGAGCAAGAGAUGCAGAGAAGACGAGAGGAACAAUUUAGAGAACACGAGCAGAUCCUGCGGGACCUGCGGCAAGGCCUCCUGCGGACCGAACGACCCUUGCGGGAGACUGCUAUAUUUUACACCAAAGGUACUCCAUACCAAGAUGAUACCUACAUGUACGACGACGACGUGGAGGGCGGGGAGGCCGGGGCGGGCCUGGGGGCGGCGCAGGGAUGCAUGGGGCCGCCCCACCAUUGGUACGAUGAGCCACCCUACGAGUCUGACCCCGAGGACUUUCUUAUCGGCAAGGACACCUUCAGAGAACCUUAUGUCAACAACCUGCGGGUGGUGAUGAACGAGGAGGACAUCAUCUCUCUCAGAACGGCGGGGGACAUCUCUGUCCCUCGUGACAUCACCAGAACCGCCCACACCCACUGGGCGGGAGGUGGCCAUGGUUUCGCCUUCCGUAGUCCCACCCACACUCACCGCAACCCCACCCACAUCCAUUGGCCAGAGGCCACCUACCAGAGUGGGCGGUGUGUGACAAGCUACCCGCAGCCCGUCUACGACAACGUACGACUUGUGAACGUGGCGGCCGGCAGGCCCGAACGACAGCGACGACGAGAGCCUGAGUACCACAACGUGGAGGCCGUGCGGGGGGGCGGUCGGCGCCCACGACGCCCACUCCUGAGGGAGAGCGGCGCUGACUACGCCUCGGAUGUUCACAGUGUCACCUCCAGACUCUCCAACGUGUCGGUAGAAACCAACCGUUCCGACCCCACCGACCUGCGCCUCUCCAAGUAUACGGUGAGUUUGGUGGACCCGUUUUAUGGUGCAGUGUUGAUGGAGAGUCGCAGCAGCAUGAGUGGUGGCAGUGAAGAUGGCCAAUCACCCUCACACUCAUCAGACUACGAGGAGCAGGAAGAGGGUGAGCGCACAGGAUCAGCUUCACUAGUAGGGCGUAUGCGGGGUCUUCGUCGUGACAUGCAGAAAAAAAUAUCCCGCCUCAAAAGUCCUCGAGGUAGCACAUCCAGUUCCCCAGGACCAGUAGCUAACAUAGACAAAGCUGGUGCAUCACUAAUAGCACCUGCACACCAACAGCCUACAGCUUCCUCAUAUGAGAGUAUCCCUACAUCAGCUCCUUUAGCUACAACAGCUUCAGGAAGCAACCGAUCUUCAUUAUCUGGAGAGGAGGCAGAACCUUACACUGGUCCUUUCAUUGGUAGAGCACGGGCACUUGUUGACUGUCAGCCUUCACCAUAUGACAGAGAUGCAUUAAAAUUUAAGAAAGGAGAUGUAAUUGAUAUUAUUGCUAAAAAUCCAUCUGGAUUAUGGAAGGGCUGUGUUGAUGGACGAGUUGGCCAUUUCAAAUUUAUCCUCGUGGAAGAAGAAGUAGAACGCCCAGCACGACGUAGUCGUGCUUGGCGAGGGACCACUCCACGUCGAGGUCGAGCACGUACGUUAGAGGAGCUCCUCACAAGGCUACACCUUGGUCAUCUUAUACAGGUUUUUGUACUCAAUGGCUAUGAAGAUUUGGACCAGUUUCGAGAUUUAGAGAAGGCUGAUCUUGACUGUCUUGGUAUCACAGAUCCAGAGACUUGUGCCAAAUUAUUAACUGCUGUAGCAUUACUCCAUGAUGCUGAUUCUGAGCCUGAACCUGACCCUCCAGAAACCUUAGACACUACUGAGGCUGCACUCCAGCGUGGUGACCAUGGAAGGGACUCUGGUUGUUACACCGAUCAUCGCAGCACUCAUACUGUUGUAUUAGACGAAAAUAAUCUAGACACACGGCAGUCUACCCCAUCCACAGACAAUUCAUCUGGCUAUCAUUCUCGUGGUGCCUAUAAUAUUCCUGUAGGGGACACCACACAGACAUCACGAGAUGACCCACACAGUUCCGCACUUGAUUCCCCAUCCUCUGAAUCAACUGCAACGGCUGCUGGGGCUGCUCUACCCUCUACCCAAGCUGAGUCUCACUCUUACCGUGCUCAUCUUGCUACCGUCCUGCCUGCUAGUCCCCGUUCUCAGUCCCGUCAUAGUCAACAGGGGGAACAGAAACAGAGGCAAGAUUCACAGGUGGACUAUGAAGCAAAAUUUGUUACAGCUCGCAGUGUAUUUGAAAAGGAAGUGGUAAGGCGUGAGGUGCCCUUUACAGUACGUGCCCAGAAACGUAGUAUGGGUUCUUCUCACUCCUUAACAGGUGAAACAGAAGAUGGAGCUAAAUACGAUGUCACUGUAGCUGCUCCAGAGUUACCCUCACCUUAAGUUACUGAGACACAGAAACUAGUGUGUGCCUCAGACUCCCUUGGACCAUCAUUUUAUGGUCUUGCAAUUUGAAACCCUUUGAUCAUAUAAUCUUCAUUAUGUUUAUUUUUAUAUUGGAGUUAUUCACUCCUAAAGACUUUAGCCCACUGGACAUGCAUUCUGAAAUUGCCUUGGAGUGUAUUGUAAAUUAAUAUUCCAGUUAUAUCUUAAAAAAUGCAGUUAUUAUAAGGAUGUGCAUCUAAUAACAAGUCUACAAAUGCAAGAUCAAAUUAUGGAAAAUCAGAAACAGAGUACGAACACAGAACAUUUUGUAUUGUAGGCCAUCCUUUUGUUAGUGCAUCAUGUGAUGUGGAACUUAUCUGAAAUCACACGAGAUUCCUCCAUGUAGCUAGUACAGUACUGUCUAGUAGCUAGAGGCGUGAGGAUCAGUACUUAUAUUCCUGUUCAGAAGUUUCCCAAGUAAUGAGUGGUGCAGUGCAGUUCCUGUUCUUAGUGUCAAGGGUUUUCUAGAUGUUCCUGCUAUAGGAGAAGCGGCUGGGAGUGUCAUGCAGCCAACUUGUAUAGCCUGUCUUUCAUUUAUCUCUAACACAGAAUUAUAUCAACUACUACCAUAUCAUUUUAUAUACCCUGUAUAGGCUAUAGAAGUAUCAGAUGCUGUAAUAAAUAUUAUAUUUAAUUCUGGACGUCUAUUAUGCUUACCCAGAAGUAGAUUAAUGUUUGAAAGUGCAAAUGAAAAGCCAAUCAAACUCCUCCCUCUUGUGAUCUAAGAGAUAUAUCGUUUACAUAAACUUUACUUGAAAAUAUAUGUAAAAUUUGUUAUUUUGAAGUAAAGUUUAUAAAUAUUGUGAAGAAAAAUGUUAACAAGUAUUUACUUGCCCAUGUUGAUUAGUAUUUUAAUAGGUAAAAAAAAAGUAUAAUAAUGCAGUUUUGCAGUUCAAUCAAAAUGUCAUUAUUUUUAUUUUGGCAAGAAAAUCCUUUGUCCAUUUCAUUAUUAUUUACACAUAGUAUAACACACACCAUAUAGGAUUUUAGUACUGUAAUACAGUACCUCAAUAGAAAAAAAUUGUAGAUGGUUAAUAAAAAAUUAUCGUUAUAUCUUGCAGCUGAGGACAAGAGCAGACUAGAAAUACUGAUGAUGUUUGUUUGACUGUAAAAGAAAAAUGCAGUGAACUUAUGGCAGCUGAGGAGGAAUUUCUCAGUAGAUUACAUGGCUGGAGAAAACAGUCUUCUUCAUUGUGCUGAGACAAGCUUUGCUGUGUACUAAGCAAAUUGGUGUUAGCAAACCUUUCAGCAUAUAGCCUUGUGAUGUAUUUUUUUUAUUUAAAGUCAGUUAUAUUCGUCUUUUGUGUUUUGUCAUUUAUACAUUUUGUUUAUUAUGGAAUAUGUAAUCAUAAUUAUGCUUAUUGCUCAUUUUAAUAGGUUGAGUCUCAUUCUAUUUAUUAUUUAGUUUCAUGACAACUGUUUUUCAAGGUUGAAAGUUUCAUUUUGGGAUUCAACUGAGUUUUGUUUCAAAUGAUGCGCUUCCUAUAAGGUCACAUAACAGAAUGUCUUUGCAGUCCUACAUUUCCUAAACUAGUGAAAUUUUACUCUUCCAACUUUUGUAUUGUACAGAUGUAUGUCAUCACUAUUUGUAAAUAGUCUUAUAUUAAAAUUAUAGGUAAAA